GUACUGCUGGAAAUUGGACUACUGUUGGUCAAAGAAGAAGACAAAGAAGAGGAGGACGAUUGGUACAGAGAAAGAGGGAAAGGAGGAAGGUUAGAAGUAUUGGUCUGAGGUUAGGAACUCUGAAUGUAGGUACAAUGACAGGGAAAGGCAGAGAACUAGCUGACAUGAUGGAGAGGAGGAGAGUAGAUAUUCUGUGUGUUCAGGAGACAAGGUGGAGGGGCAGCAAGGCUAGAAACAUUGGAGGAGGCUACAAGCUGUUCUACCAUGGUGUAGAUGGGAAGAGGGAUGGAGUAGGGGUGAUUAUAAAGGAAAAAUAUGCUAGACAUGUAGUAGAAGUAAAACGAGAGUCAGACAGGUUGAUGUGCGUGAAGGUAGAGAUAGAAGGUGUGAUGAUGAAUGUAGUCAGUGGGUAUGCCCCACAGGUGGGCUGUGAGUUAGAAGAAAAGGAAAAGUUCUGGAAUGAGAUGGAUAGAGUGACAGAGAGCAUUCCCAGGGGGGAGAGAGUAGUGAUUGGAGCAGACUUAAAUGGUCAUGUAGGGGAAGGUAACAGAGGCGAUGAGGAAGUGAUGGGCAAGUUUGGACUUAGAGAUAGGAACUUGGAAGGACAGGCAGUGGUAGACUUUGCCAAAAGAAUGGAAAUGGCCGUGGUAAACACCUAUUUCCAAAAGAGAGAAGAACACCUGAUAACUUACAAGAGUGGAGGCAGGUCCACACAGAUAGAUUAUAUCCUAUGUAGAAGAGGUAAUCUGAGGGAGGUUAACGACUGUAAGGUGGUGCCAGGAGAGAGUGUAGCCAAACAGCAUAGGAUAGUAGUGUGCAAGCUGACAAUGGAGGUGAGGAAAAGGAAGAGCGUGAAGACAGAGAAGAAAAUAAAAUGGUGGAAAUUGAGGAAAGAAGACUGUUGUGAAGAAUUUAGGAGUGAGGUAUGGGCAGUUCUGGGCAGCGUUGAGGAAUUCCCAGAUGAUUGGGAGACUACUGCAGCAGUGAUUAGGGAGACAGGAAAGAAGGUGCUCGGUGUGGCCUCAGGACAGAGAAAGGUGGACAAAGAGACCUGGUGGUGGAAUGUUGAGGUUCAGGAAAGUGUACAGAGGAAGAAAUUAGACAGGAGGCAGAGUUAGAGGUGGCUGAGUUAAAGAUGCUGAGAUUCUCCUUAGGAGUGACAA